AUGCUUCGCGGAAACAUCUCGAGGACAAAAUGCUUCCCUGAUAAGCCAGGGCAGAGGUUUUGUCAACCAGGGCAUGGAUCCACCUUCUGCGGUGGCCUCAGUGGUGGCAGUGCGAUCCUUGCAGCCCAAGUCAGCACGGCCUUUGCGGAAUUGCGCAACGAUACCGCAGAACUUCCGGGGCGACUACAUGCCCUAAGUAACGAAGUCGCUGACAUCGAGUUUGUUCUCUACCAGGUCGUUGCGGCACGAGACCUGUCGUUUCCUUCUUGCAGCUGGCUCGGAUCCGGACUACAAGCUUGCGACAUACUGCUUCGAGGAAACCUCAGUACCAGCGUCAUAGAGGUCCUUCGAUGCAUAUUGAGAGACAGACUCCGAGACAGAGAUGCAAUGCGCCGCACAGCACUGGAGUGGGCAGCCGCCCGCGGAGAUGACCGAGCAGUGCUUACACUUCUCAGCUUUGGAGGCAAGCCCAACAUCACUGACAACAAAUUGAAUACGCCCUUGACUCUUGCUUCCAAUCAGGACAACACGCUAUGCGUUCAACUUUUGCUCGAGGCCGGCGCUCUUGCAAAUCCGGUUCUCCCUUUAGGCGUAAAACUUAGCAGCCCAUUAAAUUGUGCUGCACGGUAUGCAACUGAUCCCCUGCUCUUGAAGACGCUGUUCGACUUCGACGCUGACGUAGAGGCCAGUAGCGUCGACGGCGUUGCGCCACUAUUGCAUGUGGCCCGCGGAAAACCUGUCAGCUUUGCAGAGCUGCUAUUGGACUACGGAGCAGAUAUCAACGCAACUUCCAAAAACGGGCUGACAUCUUUGACGGCUGCGAUCAUUUUCAACAACCAUAGCGUUCUCCGCUUGCUGCUCGAUCGAUGGUUUGAAUACACAGAAUGUCCCAGGCUCAAAGGCCAUCAUCUUCUCGACUUCGUUAUAGAUUAUGCAGACAUCGAGACUAUGUCGAUACUAACUACUGCUACGCAUCUUCAACAGCUAUGUGCCAGAAAAUGUACUUGCAUUCGAGAGUCUGCUCGAUGCAAUCCGCGAUUAUCCCAAGCUCUCCAAGUACCGUGA